CACACACACUCACACACACUGUGGCAUGUUUACCGAGUGGAGAGUUUGAUCGGACUUGCAGAGAGAGCAUGUGGACUGUGACCCUGUCCGGGAGCGAGCAGACAAUGAAGAGGAGCGACAGAGCUGGUCUCCGUUUCUUUCUCUGAUAAAUAAGAUGAGAGGCUUUGUGUUGAACCUUAUGAGUUCAGGAGGAUUUGUGAAGGCAACACUCACAGUUUACACAGAAGAAAUGUCCACAACUGAAAGUCCCACCAUGCCCUCCUCACAGCUGACAUCGGAUCAACUCACAGUGGUCGCUGCAUCAUUUUCUUCUCUGGUGUUCUUUGUGGUGAUUGUGGUGCUGCUGUCCAUUAUUUACCGCAAGGAUCUCCUGUGCUGCAAGCUACGCUCCUAUCAGGGGCCACAUGCAGAUAUGGGUGCUCCUCCUCAGUACUACAGCAGCAGACAAACACUGGUGGGAUCUCCUUGUCUGGAGCAGAGUGAGAUCAUGGAUGACAACAACACUCAGGCGGGUCAGCUGUUCUACAUCGGCCUGCCCUCCAGCUACAGCCUCCCCACUCUGGACUCCCCCAUGCCGAGGCUCCCCUCCUACGAGAGCGUCCGAAAGAAGGACCGCCAGAGGCAGAUCCACAUGAUGAUCGCAGACCGCUUCGGCCUCAAUGGACCCAUUGUGACUGAGCCUCCUCCAACAUAUGAAGAGAGUGUCUGCCAUUCUAUAGAGCUGCCGUACAACAUCCUGUCAUCCAAUCUGGACCUCUCCUUUCCUCAGAGUAUCUUCACCAACACGGACACACCUCAUCUGAUCAACUCUGACUCCAACAGCACUGUUCUACCUGUGUGAUUUUACUGAUCUCGUGAAUGUGAAAGACGUGUGAUAGCUUUACAUACACAGAAGAAGAGUGGAUUAAAACCGGAUUUUCUUCACUUUACACAAGCUGAUACCUCAAGACUGAGCUUAUAUUGAGAGACAGCUGAUGAAGGAGCAACCAAAGAGGAGUUUUGUGAAAAGACUAUCGAAUGUCAAAAACACUUUGUGACCGCUACUGUACAUGCUGAUGAAUUUCAAAGGACAAUCACGGGAUAUUGACAUUUACUGAGGUGGCUGGUUCACCUUGAAGACGAAAAAGGUGGAGUACAAAAUACCAAAAAAGGGAACCGCUAUUUACCUUGUUGAUUAUACUAUCACUGAACACUUGUUUACUCUUUUAUUGUCCUAAACCAGAGACCUCAUAGUGUUGUUUAUGAGGUUAUCCGAGGCUUGUUGUUGUUUUACCCUGCCGAGGCCGUAACAUACUGCCAUAGAGCAUGUGAGAGGGAAAUAAUUAAAAAAGGUACGCAUGAGAGUGCCUUCCAUGGACUUAUAACAAGACACAUAUGUUGUUUUUAUGACCACUUUGUCGUUUUUAUUCAUUAAGGCAGAUUGGAGUCUUGAUGAUUUCUUACUUUCAGAAGCAUUGAUUUGUUUGUUCUGUCUCCCAAAGGCAACAUCAACAAGUGGAGUGAAGCAGCUUGAAUGUGAAAUGAAAACAAACACCCAUGUCAGACCUGCUUUGUUCCUUCAUCACACGUUGUCAUUCUUCCAUGUACACACGCCAAAUGUCUGUCCUGCACAUUGUCAUGUACUGUAUUUAUUUGAAGAACGAUGUCUCCUCAUUAUUUCUUAAAACAAAUGUAAUAAUUAUAUAUUGUUUGUUGAUGGACUGGAAUUUACAGCAGUAACACAGCGUCAGUGCAAACAGCUGCAGUGCCACUCAUAGAGAGGCUGGUCUUUGAUAUUUUCAUGAAUUUGUAUGUGUGGGUGUGUGAGAGACAGGAAGGAAAAUUCAAAUUAAGACUUGUUUCCAACUUUC